UUCUUUGCAGUUACUCAGUUAGCCAGAGCCCCAGAGUAGCCGAUCCCUCAGACCCUCACAGUUGCUUUCACAUUCACCUUGCGUUACACACCUUUUUUAGUAUAGUUUCAGAGAAAAAAAAAAUUAUUUUUGGUAUGGAAUUCCACUUAAACAUCAACAGGUUCUUUCAGAAUCCAAUUACUAAAUUCCGUGGACAAGAUAUCGCCAGGUGUGACCCUGAGCUUUGGAAAGUGGUGGAUUAUGUUGGUGAGGCUUCUCGUGUAGCUCAGAAUCUUCAUAGGCCAGUAACUAUAGCACACUCAUUUGUGAAUUCCAAUCAAACUCUAUACAUUAUGACAGAUGCAUCUGCCAACAAAGGCAAUGGAGCUAUUUUGGGCAUGCUUAAAAUUGGACCUAAAAAACUUUUUCUACUGGACAAGAAAGGAUUUCAAAAUGAACUUGAUCCACUUUGUGUUCUAGACUUCUAUAUCCAUGAGUCUUGCCAGAGAAAGGGACUUGGAAAACUAUUGUUUGCUCAUUUUUUAGAGGAUGAAAAGCUGCAUGUUCAUAAAAUUGCAAUCGACCGCCCGUCAGAAAAAUUUCUUGGAUUUCUUCAAAAGCAUUAUGGUCUUAAGAAUUUCAUUCCCCAAGUAAACAACUUUGUUAUUUAUGAAGGAUUCUUUGAUAAUGAUGAUCACCAAGCAUCAAGUAACCCAUCGGCUGGCCGCAAAAACUCAAGUUCCCUACCUAGCCGGUGUAACAGUAUGAUGGCACUAAAUGCAGCUACCGAGCAGAGUAUCAACUUUCGAACUCGCGGAAAACAAUCUGUUACCGAAUGCUUGUAUGAUGAAACAAUAAGCAAUCAAAAUGAUCUUUGGCGAACAAAUUCAUUAGUUAAUGUCAACACAUCGCCUACUGCCCAAAUCUCAGUUCAACAUCAACCCAAACCGUUCGCUACAGAUACUGCAUCCAAAUUUGGCCAUCAUAGAUUGUGGUAAAAAUCUUAUUGGUUCGACUAUUUAAAAAAAUACCACGCGAUGGAUUUGGUAAUUAGAAAUUGGUUGUGUUUGAAUCCCGUCCUUUUCUCCAUCAUCUACUCGUUAUUUCUCCAUCUAUUCGUUGCCAGCUUUAAAAUGAUGAUUAAUUUCCCCGUUCUUUUUGUAUAGAAUCAUAGAAUGUGUUCAUGUUUUGUGAGAUUAACGAGAUUGUUACUUGCCUUUAAGUAUUUAUCCACACUCAAUAUGCUUUUGCGUACUUGUUAUUAAUUUUUCUCAUAACGACGUCGAAAAAAUUACACUAAAUUAUGUAAAUAAAAAUAACCGAGAUUA